UUUGGCCCAGUCGCCUGCAAACCGUUGAGAGUUGUGCGUCGUAUUUUCUGAACGACUUUUGCAUCUUCUUUUUGACGCCUUUUUCACCUGGAAAUUGCCAUCAAGACGUGCAUCCGCCUGUACUUUACGUGCCUGCUCUUACAAUAUCCUCUACAGACUUUGAGAAUUUCCACAAAAUCUGCUUGGAAAAAUCGCCUCCAUCGACUGACGUCACUUUUUGAUUAUUUUUUCAAAGCAGAAAAAAAAUUCAUCUAAUUUUCGUGGAAGUUUGUGGCAGGAAGUGCUGUGCUGGUAGUGGAAAAUCAUCCGUGGAGCCCAUUAAAGUGGCUUGUUUGUGAAAUUGCAUCCUUUUUGGGGGGUUUUCAAGUGAAAAAUUAUGAGUAAUUUUAUUGCAUUGGGAAUGAACAUAACCUCACAAUUUGCAUUGAGAGAUAAUCCGGAGAUUUUGGACAAUUGUGGGCAGUGAAUGUAAACAAGAGACGUUGCUGAGAUAAGGAAGUUGUGCUUUAGUGAUCCAAGGAGGUACUUUGUGUGAGAAAAUUCACCUGAAGAUUGUGGGGAAGUUUCUGUGAGAGGUGUUUGAGAAUUCAGCAGGGAAAGGGAAGCUGUGUGGAGUGAAAGUUAAAGACAAGAAGAGUGAAGGAAAGACAUCAGAAUGAAUGUACGUGUGUUGACACCGUCUGUGAUUAGGCCUCUGUCGAAGCUGCACUCCCCCAUGGGGCGACAUGUGCCUAAGAAGUCUGUCCUGGAGAGAAUUAAGAAGGAUCUCUUUGGUCCAGUAAAUCAGGAAGACACCAAAAUAUUUAUUCAAAAAGAGCUGACCAAGACUCAGGUGGAAGCCUCCAAGCGUUGGGGAUUUGAUUUCUCCCGCGGACAGCCACUGCAGGAGCACAGUCAGUUCAUCUGGAAGCGAGUCCCACCAACUGUGAUGCCAGAAAUGUAUACACUCAGCCGGGCGGCGCACUGCCGUGAAAUUCCCAGUGGAAUGGACAGUGAUGCAUCGGAUUCCGAGGAUGUGAGUCCGGAUCAGGAGCUAAUGAAUUCACGAGCUCACAAUGAGUACCGUCAGCAGGAGAUGACGCCCGCCAAUUCGAGUGCCAGGUGCCCAAGGAAGAGGCAGACUAAGAUCACAGAGUUCCUCAAGGAACGCAAGAGAUUGGCACCAACACCCACGAAGAAGAUCUCAGGUGCUUCCGGAGCGAGUUCAUCAAAGCGAAUGCGUCUCAAUCACUUUGCACCGUAAUAAAAUUCAUCGUGAAAUUAGAUUUAACGUAAGAAGAAGUAGAAAGAUAAAAAAAAUCUUCAUUUAACUUUUAAGAAGACAUAAAAAUAUUUCUCAUUAUAUUUUGUGACACCCUGUAUGGAUAAUGCCCCAAAAGGACUUUCCUUGUGGAAUUUAAGCAUUUUUUCUGAGAAAAAUAAUUCCAAAAGGAGAUUCUGUGGGCUAAAGCUUUUCAUAAAUCAACAUUAGUGAUAAAGAUUUCCAUGAAGGAGGCUUGAAUUACAAAUUUCCCCAUCAUUGUGCGAAUCCUCCUGAGCCAUUCAAUGCAAAUUUUCUUUCAUUUAUAUAUGCAGAGAAAAUGUAUAAUAGAAUUCCUAUAGGAAUGAAAUAAAAAAUUAUUUUUUAUUGUGAUUCCUUUGCAAUGGAAGGCUGAAAGUGGGAUUAACUUGAGAAAUGGGGAGUUCUGGGCCUUCUUUUGGGAAUUUCUUUUUCUUAAAAAUUUAAAUAACAAAUCAAUAUUGGAGAAGAAAAUUAUUUUCGUUAAUUUAACUUAAUCACAAAGUGAAAGAGAAGUCUGCAAUGCUAAGAAACAUAGUCCAACAUUGUGCAAUAGGCAUAAAAAUGUGAGAUUAUUUUAACGAAAAUGAUAAAAUUUAUUAGAUUUUAAGUGAUAAAAGUUUAAGAACUCGAAGAUUUUCUUUCAUACAAACAGUUUUUUAUGCCAUUUAAGAUACAUUUUCAUCAACAUUUUUUUUAAAGGAAUAAUUAAAUUAGGAAGAGAUUUUCUUGAAGAUUUUCCUUGCAAAGAUUUCUUCUUCCAGUACAGAGAGAAGAAGGAAUCCGCGCAAAAAGAAAUCUUGAUAAACUCUAAAAUUAUUCGUGAAUUUUCUUUUUUGAAAAAAAAACUCAUUUUCAUAUUUUUGCGUCAACUUUAUCGCGCGUGCCAUUUUGUAAAUAGAUGAUAAGGAAAAAUUUAAAAUGUAUAGACAAGACGCCUUCUUCGGACACAUAUGGACUCAAUUUGCGGUAUUUUGUGUAAGCGCUAUUAGAUUAAGGAAUAAAGUUUUCUUGUAAUUGUACAAAAAAUAUAUUUUGGAUUAAAAUUCAAUAAAAACAUAACUAAGAAA